AUGGGAGACCCCUUCGGCCGCUGGAGCAGCCCCCCGUUCCAGAGCGAAUACGACGACAGCUCCCUACUCCAACGGUCCAACAGCUUCGCCCGCCCCAGUGGGAAAAGCAUCUACAACCAGCGCAAGGACUACAGCCAGACCCUGCUCAAGCCCCAAAGCGAUUUCCAGCACCACGUUGAGCACCUGCUCACGGUGCGCCUGGAGAGGGAGAUCCGCAGCGCCGAGGAUUGCCUGGCGCGCCUGAAGGUGCUGGAGGCCCAGGGACGGGUCUGGGGGCAGGACCUCAUCCUGCAAGUCAAGGACCAGGAAUUGGUGCUGAGGGAUGUGGAGAGCAAGGAGGAGCUGGAGGCUUACCCGCUGGGCAGCGUGCAGGGGUGCUCGGCCGUGCUGGACGUCUGCGGCUACAACUCGGUGUUGACCGUCAGCGUGCAGGAGCAGAGCCCCCCGGGGACCAGCGUCCUGCUCUUCCAGUGCGAGCGUCUGGGGGCAGAGACGCUGAAGAGCAGCCUGGAGAAGCUGGUGACGCAGUGGAAGGAGGAGCAGAGGAGUCAUUAUGGGCAGAGGAGCAGCCUGGACAUGCCGCCGGGUCCGGCCCCCCGGUAUGUGCAGGGUCCCUACAGAGCCCCGGAGCGGUGGGCAGAGAUCCCCGAGCCCGAUUUCCACGCGCCCCCCCAGCGUGGGCUGCCCUCCUCGGACUACAGCUUGCAGGACACCCAGCAGCUGCCGUGGACCAACCCCCCAAGCCAGGUCACGUCCAACGUGGACCGAGAUGUUGAGGUCCUCAACCACGUGCUGAGCGACUUGGAACUCUUCGUGGUCCAGCUGAAGACAGCCCUGGGCUUGGUCAACACCACCAACCAGAAGAAGAAGAAGAUGAAGAACAAAGCUCUGCCCUCCAAGGAUGAGUACAUGGACUUUUUCCAGAAGGUGAAAUACGCCUUCAACCUCAUGCAGGUCCUGGACCACUGCCCCAGCCCCAGCCUGGCCCCGGCGGCGGAGGCCCCGCUGCUGGUGCCCGAGGCGGUGGAGCUGCUGGAGAGGACCCUGCACCAGGAUGACUACGGCAUCUGGAAGACCUUGGGCAUCGCCUGGAACAAGACCAGAGCAGAGUACCCCAACGGCGAGCUGGUGCCCCGCUACAUCCCCGUCUUCUCGGACGGGUGGCUGCCCCCUCCCGUGGAGCAGUCGCCGCUCACCGGCCGGAGGGACGAUCCUGGCCAAGUGGCCCACAUCCCUACCCAGGGGCUGGUCCGAGCCCUGUACGAGUUUCAGGGCAGGAACCCCCAGGAGCUGAGCAUCAGGAUGGGGGACACGCUACAGGUCUUGGACCAGAGGAAGAAGUGGUGGCUGGUGCAGGACAGCCGGGGGGUGAAGGGCUAUGUCCCCAGCAACAUCCUGGAGCCCUUGGGGCAGGGGCACGGGGGGGGACACAGCACCAGCCAGGACAGCCCCCCAAAACUGCACCCCAACUCCUCGCCGGCGGAGGUGACAGCCUGGCUGAAGGACAAGGGCUUCUCACGGAUCACGGUGAGGUGCCUGGGGGUGCUGGGGGGGCACCAGCUGCUGCAGAUGAGCCCGGAGGAGCUGCGAGCCGUCUGCCCCGAGGAGUGGCGGCGAGUCCUCUUCAAGCUCUCCUCCGUCAGGACGUCCCUGGGGGUGAGGGACCCCCGGCCCCACAUGGGCCCCAAGGAUUGA